CCCUCGCUCACCAAUGGCAAUGGAGAGUGAAAGCGACCAUGGCACCGCCGUGCGUGCGUGUUGCGGUUACAUACCAUACGUACGUGGACCCGCCGCCGACACCAACAACAUCCCAGCCCACUUCCUGACCCUCUCCCUCCUCCUUGCUCAUUUCUUCUUCUUCGUCGCCGGCCUCUCUCUUCACGCGCAUGCACUCCAACAGUGACGAAAUACUUGCACCCUACCUACGUGCCUAGCUGCUGCGACGAGGCCGGCCGGACGUCCGUCGUGGUGCGGUGAUCGGAUUCGGUGAUGGAGUACGUGGCCGCGGCGCGGUCUCUGACUCCGAUGAGCCGCAGGACUCGCCAUGCUCACCGCCUCCAGCUCGCCGCCGAUCCUCCUCUGCAGGCUCCUCCUCCUCCUCCUCCUCUUCCUCCUCCGGUUCAGUUGCAGCCGACGACGGCAGGCAUUGGCAUUGGCAACGGCAACGGCAUACAGGUGCAACAACAACACAGCCAUAGGCGCAUGGAUCUUGAGCAAGAGUUGCAGCCGACGACGGCAGGCAUAGUCAAUGGCAACGGCGCGCAGAUGCAACAACAACAACAACAACAACAACAACAACAACAACAAAGCCAGAGGCGCAUGGAUCUUGAGCAAGAGGUGGCGGAGCUGAAGCAGCAGCUGGGCAACGAGCAGAUGGUGCACCACAUCCUCGAGCGCGCCCUGCACGCCCCGACCAAUUCAUCAAACUCGGCGCGCUCCGUGCUCCUCAACAUCCCGGCCUUCAUCCCGGCCAAGGCCAAGCAGCUGCUCGCCGAGCUCGUGCUCGUCGAGGAGGAGAUCACGCGCCUCGAGUCCCAGAUACACACCAUGAAGGGCGGUCUGACCCUCUCGCAGCAGCAGCGAGCAUCAAUUUCAAUGGCGUCCAACACGUACUCGUACCCGGCAAGUGUCCAAACCAACAAUAAUGGCAACGGCAACGGUAACCCGCCAAGUAUCUACACUAACGAGAGCAGUGGCAAUGGUCGUGUCAGCAAUGGAGGAACAGCUAAAACACCGGGUAACACCCCGACGGCACACUCGGCUCAGGCGUCGGCUCGUCAUGGCAGCAACAAUGUCAAUGGAGGAGCUACGAUAGGUAACCGCACGCCCACGCACACGGCGCCGACGUUGGCUCGUCAAGCCUCGAAUGAGGUGGCGCCGGAGAUAAAGUCCAUGUUCUUCAUCAGCCAGGCCAUGAACGCCGAGUACCUCCAGCGACACCUCGCCGCCACGGCCACCGACGACAAGCCGGCCAAGAGCCCCAGAGACCAGGCCAGAGGGUCAUCGGGAGCCGCCGCCGUCAGCCCGAAGCUCAACGGUAACAUCUUCGGCCUCCCGCCAAGAAACUCCCUUGAAAAGCAAUCGGAGCGAGCACCAGAAAAACCCACCAGAGUCUCCCGAGAACCUUCGCCGCCGGCGAAGAGGGACGAGCAGAGCAAGGCCCAGCUGCCGAACAAGCUGUCGGAGAGGAUCGUGAAGUGCCUGGCGGUGAUCUUCAUCAGGCUCCUCCGGUCGUCGCGGGUGGCCGAGAUGGAGAAGUCCGGCAACCUCGCCAGGUCGGGGAACCUGCAGGGAAGCUUCCGGAUCGACACGGUUCUGAACGUGGCGGCUGCCAAGGAGAAGGACCAGAGGGGCCAACAGGACCACUACGGCAUCUUCGGGUUGCCGGACUCGGUGAUCCGGGACAUCGGCCCAUACAAGAACCUCGUGAGGUUCACAUCGAGUGCCUUCGAUCUCCGAGGGUUCUCCAGCUCCCCUCUGCUCACCAAGCUGAGGGAGAUGUUGGAGGCCUUGCAGCAGGUGGAUUUGAGGUUUCUGACGCACCAGCAGAAGCUAGCGUUUUGGUUGAACAUUUACAACACCUGCAUCAUGCACGGAAUCCUGCAGCAUGGUUUGCCCUCAAACUCUGAAAAGUUGCUGGCACUGAAGAACAAGGCAACCAUCAAUGUUUCAGGGCAGAAGUUCAAUGCACUGGUGAUUGAAAAUUUCGUCUUGAGGCAACCAUCCAGUGUGAAAGAAGAAUUCUGGAAGUGCAAUGUCGAUGUCGAAGAACAGCAGGUGAGGGGUCUCUAUGGAUUGAAUAGUUCGGAGCCAAACAUUCUUUUCGCGAUGUGCUGCGGCACCAGAUCUUCGCCAGCGCUGAGGAUAUACAAGGCGGACCGCGUGAUGAUGGAUCUGGAGAAGGCGAAGCUGGAUUACCUACAGGCUUCGCUGGUGGUGACCUCGACGAGGAGGCUAAUGAUCCCAGGCCUGAUACACUCCAACAUGCACGACUUUGCCAAAAACAUGGAGUCGCUGCUUCGGUGGAUCUGUGACCAGCUCCCGACAUCUUGGUCGCUCAGGAAAUCCAUGGUAGACUGUCUGAGGGGACACCAGGGCCACCUCAAGGUUGAAGACGUCGUGGAGGUGAUCCCAUAUGAUUAUGAGUUUCAGUACCUGUUGCCCAUGUGAACAUGGAUGCUAUUGUUGUAACUUUAGUGGUACUGCACAAAUGGCAUACAGAUUUCCAUGUAUAUAUUGUUGUCUUAGAGGUGAAAAGGGUGGUUUGACCCAUACAGUUUUUUGUGAUUACAAUCUUUAUUUUUUGUAUCAAAAUUAAUAAAAAUAGUUAUUGGUGUGUC